AUGGACGAGUUCGCACAGUCAAGAGAGGACGACGACCUCUUCGCCGACGAAUUCGAACCUCUUCCAACGCCGACCGCUGUCGUUGAACAACCAGAUCCCGCCCCGGUCAACCAUCAGCCUCGGUCUGCAGCAACCAAUCCAGCCUCCACCUCAGCUUCAAGCUCAGCACCCAACGCAGCAACAGCAGGGCCAGGUCCAAGCCACCAGCAGCAACACCAAGAACAACAGCGCAAUGGCGGCAGACAAGACGGAGGGAGAGAGCGGAGAGGACGAGGCGGUGGUCGCGGAGGAUCAGACGGCUUAAGCCAAUCCAGAUACGCACCACCUGCUGAGUCCUCUCCCUCUCCCUCCGUCCCUGUCUCGCAGGCUAUACCGUCACCUUCCGCACCGACAACUAAAUCUACCACCGCUACCACCUCAAGCACGACCUCAGCUUCAGUCCCACCAUCCUCCAGCAAACAAUCCGACACCGCAGCACCUCCUCCUCCUUCCUCCUCAAACCCACCUCUUACAACCGAAAACAACAGCAGUAACAACAAUAACACCACCACUAGAACGCAUGCAGUACGCGGCGACCGCUCCGCCACGGGCGGACCAGCCCACAAGAAACUAACCGAAGCCGAACUCAGCGAGAAGAUGGCCAAGAUGGCGAUCCUGAACGCGCAGAAAGCAGAGAAGCACCGCCUCACCGAAGCAGACCAAGCCGCAUUCCAGCACCGCGAAAAGGAGCUCGCCAAGGAGCGGCGUGAGAAGGCCAUUGCGGAAAGGAAGAACGAGCGCGUCAUGGAGAUGGAGAGGGCGAAGAAUAGGGAGAGGAAGAUGAAGGCGCAGGGUGGACGUGAGUGGGAUAGUGAGAAGGUCGAGAGUGAUAUUGUGGAUGGGAGGGGCAAGGGGAGGAGCUCGGAGUUUGUGAGGGGUGGAUAUGGGGGUGUUAUUAGGGGUGGUGGGUUGGCGGGGAGUAGGUAUUCGGUGGAUGACGGUGCGGAUGUACAAGAUUCUCAGGGUUUCAGAGGACGUGGUGGGUUUGAGAUUAGAGGUCGAGGACGAGGUGGUCGUGGCGGUGGUCGAGGAGGAAGAGCAGCAAAUUCAAACUCGAACGCCGUACCUACUACAGAAGACUUCCCGUCAUUGCCAACACCCGCGAAGGCACCCGAGACUCUAAAAGCGGAUAUUACAGCCGACGAGAAGGCAAAGUCACCAUCGAUUGAGAAGCCAGCUGGAGAUUGGGCAGAGGAGAUGGCUACGCCGAUUGAGGAGAAGAAAUUGGAGGUUUGA